AAACCCCGCAGGUCAUCAUGGCACUGGACGGAUGUGGCGUGUUUUGCAAAUACAUCCUCUUUAUCUUCAACCUCAUCUUUGCGGUGGUUGGGUUCGUCUUUCUGGGUCUCGGCCUGUGGCUGAGGUUCAGCGACAGCACCAGACCCAUAUUCGAAGUAGAGGCUCUCAACUCAAGUGCAUUUGUUAUGAUUGUGACAAUACUGAUCGCUCUGGGCUCGGUGAUGCUGAUCGUGGUGGUGUUUGGAGACUACGGCGCCUGCAACGAGAAGAGAUGCUCUCUGCAAGUGUUCUCGGCCCUUCUGACCAUCCUGAUAUUGGCUGAAGUUGUCGUUGGCGUGCUCGCCUACACCAAAAGGGACGAGGUUGGCUUGAACCUCGCAGAGUUCUACUCUAAUAUGUACACUCUGUACGUGACCAGCGGAGGAGAUCCAUUCAUUCGAGUCACACUCACAUUCAUCCACAACACGCUUGACUGCUGUGGAGUGACUGGAAUCAAACUGGUGGAGGUGGUUCGGCAGACCUGCCCAUCAGGCUUCUUUCAGGCUAGUUGUCCCGCGACCAUCAUCACUUUCUUUGACAGCAAAGCGCAGCUGGUGAUGGGCCUGUUUCUUGGAACCGGAGCUCUUUUGAUUAUUGCCCUGGUCUGCACCAUUAUCCUCCUGAAACAGACCAAGAGAAACGAGCAGGAGAUCACCGCGUACUACACCACCGUGUACUAACCAGAGGACGCAAUCCUCGCCCUUUCCCCGCAUCAUCAACGAAGACCAUCGCUGGAAUUCAGGCACAGCCAGCAAAGAAAUGUUUACAGAUUUUUCUCUGUAUGUGAACUACUGAUCACACUGGUUUUAAAACUGAACUAGGAUUUAUUUUCAAAAUAUCACACUGUGAUAAUCUGACCUGUUGUGAGCAGAAAGAAAAUACCUGCUUUGUUCAGAGCUGUUGAUCGAUAUUUUACGUUUUGUUUUUUAAAUAACUGUGCAGUAACUCUUGGUGAAACGGAUGUUGCGUAUAAUUAGCUAUUAUUCAUCGAGCUAGAAACUGUCACGGCGAGCGCGUCCCAGCUCGACAGGCCUCUAAAUCACUGUGUGCAUGCGAUAAGUAAUCAGAGGAUGAGAACGCAUCCGUUAAAUACCGUCAGGAGGAGAGAGGAAGACGUUUUUGUUAUAAUGAAACCUCCACAUGUCUGUUACACAUAAUAAGCAGCGUUUUGUGUGGAAGCGUUAAAUACUUACUGAGCCAGCAGCAAAUUUCUGUUUGUGUCAGAAAUGUUUGUAGAAAUGUAAAAGGGAUCAUUUUCUUUAAAAUCCAUUUCAAGUACUUCAAGUGUUAGGUUAGGUCAAAUGAGAGUGGGCAUUAAAGGGAUAGUUCACGUUUUUUGAAGUGGGGUACGUAAGCAUAUACGGUAAAUUACCAGUAGUAUUAAUGCACGAUAUUGGAUUUUUAUAUAUUUUCUGCCUCAUUUUGACCAUUAUAUGCAUAUUUGUUUUUCCAUCUAAGUGCAGAGAUUAUCAAGUUUCUCCUACAGUGAAAUCACCAUGUUACACCUAUUCUUAUCAUGAUGGCUCACUGACGUAUAGAUAUAACAGAUAUAAAAUAAAAUGCUUUUCAAAAUGUACACAAUCA